GCGACCUUGAUAGACGUCUCAGCGGUUCGAAAAGAAAAUCAAGUCGCCCCAUUGCUACAACCCAUCCCAAAAACCGUGAAAACUCCGCAAAGAAAAGCCGCCGCGGUCUUCGCUUUCUUUCAAACUAAAAAAAAAAAAACAAUUUUCUAAAAACAAUAACACUUAGCUGGGGCUAAUGUUGUUUUUGUGCGGAUUUGUGUGGCACGAGAUGUUUCAAAAAUGUGGCCAGAAAUGAUGGAAAAUGUGCAAAGCAUGCUGCCAAAGAAAUGUGUGAAUAUGCCACAAGAAAAUUCAGAUGCAAAGUGAAGUUAACAAAAAGAAACCGCUUAAGUUUUCGUGUGAAAAUAAAUCCUUGGUGCAAAUAGAAAAACAAAACACAGAAAGCCCAUCCACUACACUCCGUCACUCGUUAAGGAAAAUUAACGGCCAAAGGUGUUAAUUUAUUCACCUCUUCAACUGGGCUCUGUUUUACAGCCGGAGAAUCCCCCCGAGAGUGCGUUUGCGCCAGCGAUGAUGCUGCUAAGAUGCAGCUCCAAUCCUCACUGCUACUCCUACAGCUUUUCUUCCUUGUUGUCACCCUGCUGUCGCCAGCCACGCCCAUUUCGGCACCCCGACUGCCCACCCAUCCGAGGGUGAGGGUGAGCCCCGAGCCCGGACCAGAGGAGCCAGAGGAUGGCUUGGUGCCAGCCAGUUUGCUGUUGGAGGAACUCCAGCAGACUAAUGGGCAGCUCACCAAUCUGACACGACAUCACGAUGGUGACAUUUUCCACACAACCGGUUUGGGCAGUGCCUGCAAUGCGGACACCUGCAUCGGACUCUCUAGCGGCACAGCCUCGUUGGUGCGUCAUGGAGGCGACCACGACAACGAUGGACUCAAUCGCGAGGCGGCCUCAAUGUCCGGAGGUCAGAUGGAGCUCCUAACCCGUCGCAUGAAGAUCCAAAAAGGUCGCGGGCAAGUCAAGGAGCCGGAUCAGAGCUCGGAGAGUGGAUGCACUUGCAAGUGUCUGCCAUAUCAGAGGGCCUAUCGGGAGGAUUUGGGCAUUUGUGUGGAUGAUAUUCAUGAGUGCUCCCUGUCGCCCUUUGUGAGUGGUUCCUCGUCGGAGAAAAUACCAUUUGUGUUCCUGCCCCUGAAGGGUCAGAUAAUAUACCCCAGUCGGGAGAUCAGCUUUGCCAAUAUACAUACUCCUGUAUGUGCUGUAACGGGUGCCCAAUACUUGGGAUCCAAUGGCUGGUCAGAGUUGCGGAAUCCCAUUGACACCGACUAUCCGUUCCGGAUGUUUCGGGACGAGGGACGCAGCUUCCUCCAGUGGCUGGGUGAGGCGGACCUGCGCCAGAAGAUGCAGGGUCGCCUCAUAGUCGUCCAUCUGGUGUGUCGGGACAUGACCAUGACCCUGAACGCCACCAGUCACCCGAAAAGGGAGCCACUCAUGCCGCCCCGCAACGUGCACUCCCCCUGUGUGGCCUUUCGUGUGAAUGGCAGCCCCGUAAAAUACACUCAUAACGUGCCCGAGGUAUUCUUCCAGCCCGCCAACUCCACCACUUUGGCCUCCACUUCGGAUGGCAUGACGAUGCGGGAAUAUGUAGUGAUUGGUAUCUGCAGCUUACUUUUGGGUCUCAUCUAUGUGGCUUCCGUAUUCCUCUACCUGUAUAUGAAAAAACGGAAGCGGCACAACUCGCGCCACUCGCUGGAUAACAUCGCCAACGAGAUCAACUAUCCCAAAAACGACCAGGUGACCUACGGAGCACCCUUUAGCCGGGUGGGCAGCAUCUACUCGGCCAACAGCAUGGGUCUUGGCAACGGCAAUGAGUCCAACACCCGCACCAGUAUCGGAAGCCUAAAGGAGGAUAUGGGCAUUGUGAAAAACAAUCCCCUUCUCCAGCACUUCCCACAACUUGGGGAAAGGGAGCACAAUUCCGGGUUUGCCAGCGACAUUUCCAACUCGAAUUCCGAGUGUGAGAUGGAGGAGAAAAUCAAGACAUCUGUUUUGGUGCAUCCGCAGUUAAGCAAGUCGCCCAAGCCAACCGGGGGAGCGGACAAUCCGGCCAUGGAUACGGAUGACUUCCUGCAGGACAAUGAGUGCCUGCCGGCGGAGAAUGUGGCCGUCAUCGACGAGCUGAUGAGUGAGGAGAAGUUGGAGAACCUGCGUGCCAUGGUCAGUGGCAAUGUGCGGAAGAAGCUCUACUUCAACCCAGCCUAUUUCGAGCCCCAUCUAUUGGCGGAACCCCCACAAGCGGCCAUUGAAUUUUUGCAAAAAAUCCGCGAGGUGAUUGCCAUUGCCAAGUACAAGAUGGCCGCCAAGAGGUAUCAGCCUUCGCUCAACAUAAUCCCGGAGGAAAUGCAUCCGGAAACUGGAUCCAGUUCCCCCACCAUGUACAAUAUUCCACUGCAGCAGAGUCUGGCCGUGAAGGGAAUGGGCGACAAGAGGAACAGCAUCGAGCAGUGGCUCCAGAGUGUUCCCAACUCGGAAGCUUCUCCCGCGCAGAAGACCCUGGAUAGACCCGCUCCAGCAACGGCAGCGGUAAAGAAGCCCACCGGCUCACCCUCCAAGGGAUCCCUGCGAAGGGAAAUAACAGCACCUAAGGAGCGUCCCCCACCACCGCCCAUGCAAAAGUCCAAAACGGAGGAACCCUCAUCUCCACGCCGUUCUCCAUCCCAGACGGUCAGCAGGAGUCCUGCCAAGAACAGUCCAGAGCCACAGACAGCCAAGCCGAAAACCCCGACCUUUGAAGGCUUCUCCGCUUUCUCGGUAGCCGCCAAUGUUUAUGGCUUUGCGGAGACGGGCGGAGAGAUCUACAACAAUCCCAAGUUCAUGCUGGCGGACUCUCCGGCUGCUUCCUUGCGUAGCUGCUCCAGCCGCUCCAAGUCCCUGAGAAAGCGAAGCGAGGUCUUGGACCAGUUUGCGGCUGCCAACUCCACGCCCACCUCGCUGACGUCCUUCGACCGGCAACACUACAAUAUGCUCCGGAACAUGAAGCCCGCCGAGGUGAUAUACGACUCUCUAAAGAGGGAGUAUGCGGCUCAUAUACCAACGCCCGACUACGAUAGCACCAUUGAGAAGAGGAUCAAGGAUAUCUAUAGCAGUACUCAGAGCAGCAUUCCAUCGGUGCCCACGCCCGACUACAGCUCCCUGAGUCGCAAGUCCCUGAAGCAGUUCCAACCGGACUCGCCCAUUUAUCGCAGGAAGUCCCCGCAAUACCUGAUCGUGGACUACGAAACGGAUAGCUUGGAGCGGCUGGAGCCCAGCAAGCGGAAGAGCUCGCACUCCUCCAGCUCGCCUUCCUCGGAUGUGAGCUCCCAGCUGAGCCCCAGCCUGAGUACAGCUCUGCCCCUGGAGGAGGAAAUGGAAAUCAGCCAUACGGUCUACGAUCGCAUGGACGGAUUUCGUAAGGAGGGCGAGAUGAAGAAGCGGCUAGCUGGAAAGCAUCAACACCCGCAUUCUCAUGGUCAGCACCAGAGGCAGAAGGAGGCAGCGGCUCGCAUCAAGUACGAUACUCCCUUUCGGGGCAGCAUGACCAUCGAGGUGGAGCACGAGCCCCCCUCCGAUCUGGAGCGGACGGACAGCGACCAGUUCGAACCAGAUACGCUGGACCGAAAGCCCAAGAAGCAGAGCUUUUGCGACAUCUCUGCCUGGGAUGCCCACAAGCAGAUGGACUCGGACUUCAGCCAGAUCAACUCGCUGCCGGAUCUCAGUCGCCAGCUGAGUCCCACGCCCAGCCAGGCCAUCAAGCCCCGGACCGCCUCCUUUAUUCUGCGCUCGAGCAACUCCUUCCGGAAUCUGCGAGAGAUCUACGAGUCUCCGCUGGUUGCCCAGGAGAACUACAAGAGCGAGAAGAAGCCGCCACCGGCAGAAGAGGGUCGCAUCCUCACCCUGGAGGCCAAGCAUUCCCGGAGGCAGCGGGGCAUGGACACCUCGCCCACCCAGUCGGUGGUGGAUGUCGCCAAGGUAAACAAAACCACCAUAACGAUUUCCUCCCCCAAGCCGGCGGAGAAGCCCAACCAGCAUUAUUGUCCACCUUUGGUGCACGGUAAGCGCCCUCUGCCCCCACCUCCCCCUACUCCUUCGGAUGCCCAGGCUGCCGAGGACGAUGCCAUCAGCGAACACAGUGAGGUCACCGAAGUCACUGCCACCUCGGAGUUCGAGAACAAUACCAUGUCAAGUGCUAUAUCGGCCACCACCGAGGAGAGGCCUCAAAGGAAAACAUCCCGAGGAUCGAACAAGGAAACCAGUGGCAAGACUAGGGUGGAGGAGUACGAGGAGAUGUACAACAAAAAGAUUGGAAGCCUCCGCAAUGACUACAGCCUCACUAAGUAUCUCAACCGGCGGAAAAGUCAACGGGAGGAGGCCUCCAAAGCUGGCCAGGAUGCUGUCCCAAAGGACAACCCUGAGCCGGACUUUACAGGCGGCGGGAAGAACCUUAAGGAUGUGGAUCUCGUGCAGUUUGACGCCCUUUCUGUUAGCUCUCGAAGCAAUAGGAGCAGUGGCCAUCUCUCCGAGCGCACCAAGGAGAUGUACCGGAAUGCCGGAGUCCCGGUGGGUAUCGCAUAUCCGCAGCGGGCAGCCAGCAGCAGCUCGGCAGGCACAAAUCCCGGUGGCAACGUCCAAACGGUGUAUCGCUGUGAGAUCGAGCAGGCCCAGAUCACAGCCGGAAUGCAGAUAGCCAUUGGUCUGAAGGAUCGCGCCAAGAAGGCCAAGGAUCUAAAGAAUGCGUGGCGUAAGUUCGUGACCAUGGCGGCCAAUAAAUUCAGUCCCAGCCAGAGUCCAGCUCCCACCUACGAGAGCAAGCAUCCUCCGGGCUUCCUAGAGGAUGAGGGCAUAGCCUCCAUUAUAGAAGACGCCGCACACUCUGCUGGAAUGGGUCAGCCCGGAAGUCAGACCUACUAUGACCAGAGAUUCGGGCAAUUGGACAGUGGCUACAUGAGCACCGACUCCGGGGAGCUGUACAAGCGGAAUGUCUACGAUCGAUACAACUUCAAGAUGCUGUCCGGAAGGGGUCAGAUUAUACGGGUGGACACAAUAGAGGACAAUGAGGAUGAGAGCGGCCCUAACGACAGCCGCUUCGAGGAUCUGGAGCACAUGGUGUCCGCAGGUCACAGCCGUGGUUCGGACAAUGGGGCAGUGGUGGUGGGCAAUGGGGAUCUGAGCGACGCGGACUCCGACAAAACCCUCACCCGAUCCCAUUCCCAAUCGAAUUCCCAGGAGCUGAAUGUGCGCGGCAGCACCACCACAAUGUCGUCCUACUCCUCGGAUGAGAACGGACGCGGGCACAGCACUUGUUGCGGAUCAUCGGAAACCGACGAGGAGACCAACGCGGAGGAUAUGUGGGAGUCGGGGGCGGAAAGCAUAGAAACCCACUCCGUUCUCUACAAGAUGAUAAGGAAGAGUUAGACUUAGCUAGACCUUAAAGCUAGUUACUAGGGAGUGUGCAAUACCAGAAGCACACAAAAGACUUCCAUUCAUAGUUUUAGGAAAAGAAAGCAAUAUCAGCAAUCAGUGCAAUACAUUGGAGAUUCUUGCCAAACCAUAAGGUGCAAUUCGAUAGACCUAAGUUAGGUUAGUUAGUUAUCCGUAGAGUGUAGAAGAUAACCCUUGAGAACUGCAUCCAAUACGCAGAUCAUAAGAGGACAGAGGGAGGACAGACCCUAAGAUAUCUAAGUGCAAUCAAAUAUCAAAUAUAAUAUAUAUAUUCUGUAGAAUCGUAUCGGCGGAUGCGUAUUGUGAUAAAUGUCAGCAGUCUUGGGCCGGAAAUGUGCAAUCUUAGUUUUUAGUCUCAGUGU